CUCAUUUUUCACCCUCUUGUCUGUUUCAUGUGCAGAUUGAAGGUUUAUGUGUGUUAUUAUUAAAUCCAGUGUUCAUGGUUAUGCUCUUCUCUGUCUUCUAACUAUGUGAGGAAGCCACACGUAAAGAGUUGAGACAAGAGAAAAGUAUGGAGUGCAAUAAAGAUGAGGCAGUUAGGGCCAAAGAAGUGGCAGAGAGGAAAUUAUCUGAAAAGGACUACGUUGGUGCAAAAAGGUUUGCUCUCAAGGCUCUUAAUUUGUAUCCUGCACUGGAGGGUCUUACCCAGUUUGUGACAACCUUGGAUGUUUAUAUCUCCGCCGAGAAAAAAAUAAGUGGAGUAACAGAUUGGUAUGGUGUACUUGGAGUGACUCCUUCUGCUGAUGAUGAGACAGUUAAAAAGCAGUACAGAAAGCUGAUUCUCGCUCUUCAUCCUGACAAAAACAAGUCUCCAGGUGCAGACGGUGCGUUUAAGCUUGUUUCUGAGGCAUGGACUUUGCUAUCAGAUAAGGCGAGAAGACUAGCAUAUAAUCAGAAGAGGAGUUCAACAGGGUUUCAGCAUAAUGCUCCCAACCACGUUGUGUCGCAACCAAAAGCACCCAAUCCAAAUAGGAUGGCAACUCCAAAUGCAAGAACUGGAAGUAAUAAUGCUCAGGCUCCUCCAACAUCCGUUCCUCCUCCAUAUAGAAUGGUUGAUACCUUUUGGACUAUCUGUAGUCGUUGUAGUACACUACUUCAAUAUCUCAGGAUUUAUUUGAAUGUUGCGCUACGAUGUCCAAACUGUAAUCAGGCGUUUGUGGCUGUAGAGAAGGUUCCACCUGCUGAUGGUGUUAAGUCUUUUAAUUGGUCCGCUCAGCAACAUCAACAAAAUUCUCAGCCUCGUGCUGGUGGUUGGGAUCACCCCACUACUAAUCCAGGAAGAACUCAUUCAGUUUCUCAAAACAUAGAAUCAAGCAGUAUGCGAGGCGGGUCUUCUUUUAGUAACACAAACUCCCAGUACGCUCCUCACUCAAGAAUGCAUGGUUUUGCUAGCAAAGAUAGUUCAGCAUCUACUCCAGCUGCAUCUACUAAGCAGCAGGCAACUGUGAAAUCAAGAAGCAAAUGUGAGGGUGCUCCUUCAAUUUCUGCAAGGGAGAGCAGUCACAAGUACAAGAGAUCUGAUGGUUCUUUCAAUAAUGUCCAAAGAACUGUAAAGAAAAUGAGAUCAGAUGACAUUCACAUGGGUAUAGAAACGACACAUGGUUUUUCACGUUUUACUAACAAGCAUCGCAGCAUGAAAGAGUUGUCAACGUAUGAAUUGCGAAACAUGUUGAUCAAUAAAGCACAGAAUGAGAUUCGCGAGAAACUCCAAGAAUGGAAAUCAACAGCUGAAGAUAAGGUUACAAACAAGGACAAAGGAACCGAGACACAAAAAGGCACGUUAAAGGACAAAACUUGUUCAGAGAAGCAGGAAGAUAAGGUUAUGAACAAGGACGAAGGAAAUGUGAGACAAAAAGGCUUGUUAAAUGACAAAACAACUGGUUCGGAGAAGCAUGAAGAUUCCACCAUUAAUGAUAAUGGACAUCUGGAAAGUGAUCCUGUUCCCGUCACAUCUGAUGAUACUGGAAAGGAGAACCAAGACUGCUAUGUGAUUCCCGUUGCUGAUUCUGAUUUUCACAAUUUUGACUUGGAAAGAGCUGAAAAUUCCUUUGCAGAGGACCAGGUCUGGGCAGCUUACGAUGAUGAUGAUAAAAUGCCUAGAUUUUAUGUUAAAGUUCAAAAGGUGAUGUCAACGAAGCCAUUUAAAAUGAGUGUCAGUUGGCUUAACUCUCGAAGCAACAAAGAAUUGGGGCCGAUGGAUUGGAUAGGUUCUGGUUUUUAUAAAACUUGUGGGGAUUUCACGAUCGGCAAACGUGAAAUAACUGGAUCGUUAAAUUCCUUUUCCCACAAGGUUAGAUGGACAAAAGGCAACAGAGGAAUCGUUCGAAUCUUUCCGAGGAAGGGGGAUAUCUGGGCCCUUUAUAGAAACUGGUCUCCUGAUUGGAAUAAAGAUACUCCCGAUGAAGUGAAGCACAAGUAUGAUAUGGUGGAAGUACUUGAUGAUUUCAAUGACAAGCAAGGUGUACUAGUUACACCACUUAUCAAGGUUGAUGGUUUUGUGGCAGUGUUUCAGAGGAUUGAAGGUCAUGAUCUGGUAAGGAAGAUUCCCAAAGUGGAGAUGUUUCGAUUCUCUCAUCAGGUUCCUAAUUACUUGCUUACAGGACAAGAAGCUCCUAAUGCUCCAAAGGGUUGUCAAGAGUUGGAUCCAGCAGCCACCUCUUUAGACCUCCUUCAGACAAAGAAUGAAGCCAAUGUUGAAAAAUCAAAGGAAGAGACAAGUUAGUUACCUGAGAAAUAUGCUUCAGAACCGAGUAGAUUAGAAAGGAUGGUAGAUGGAAAAAGAAUGAUAGAUGAACUCUGCACAGUGUGAACAGCCUAUAGUGCUUUACUACUUUGUUUUCCAUAUAGGUAUAGAUAUGCUAAAAG